UGUUUCCAAAGACCACCUCAAAGAUCUAAUAAAGAUGGACCUCUCCGUUCCUUGUAUCUCCAAGCUUUUGGGCAUAUCGCAGAAAACAGUCCGACGAAGAAUGGAAGAGUGGGGCCUCUCAAUAACGGCAACCUACAGCUCACUAUCAGAUGAUGAACUUGACAACUUAAUUGCAGCCAUAAAACAGGAAUCGAAAAAUCUGGGCUACAGAAUGGUUAAAGGACGCCUCAGGGCACUGGGCCACAGGGUGCAGUGGAACAGAGUAUGGGAUUCCAUGCGUCGUGUUGACAGUGCUGGAAUCCUUGAAAGGAUGGCAAAUCUUGGAUGUGUUGUUAGAAGGACAUACAGUGUUCCUGGUCCUCUGUCACUGCUCCACAUUGACACCAACCAUAAGUUAAUUAGAUAUGGACUUGUGAUGUUUGGUGGUGUUGAUGGCUUCUCAAGGAAGAUCUUGUACUUGAAAGCAGCUAACAACAACAAGGCUUCUACAGCACUGACGUUCUUCCUUGAGGCUGUACAGGAGCAUGGAUUUCCAUCGAGAGUGAGGGGAGACCAAGGAGUUGAGAAUGUUGACAUUGCUCGAUACAUGUUUGAAGUUCGGGGCUGUGGUAGAGGAAGCUUUAUGUCUGGCAAAAGCGUGCAUAACCAAAGGAUAGAACGCCUGUGGCGCGAUGUUUGGAAUGUUGUCACCAACAUCUACUACGAUCUUCUUCACGGACUUGAGGAAGACAGACUCUUGGAUCCAACAAACUGUACUGACCUUUUUUGUGCACAGUAUGUGUUUUUGCCACGAAUCCAAGCAGAUUUGGAGACGUUUAUUGAAGGCUGGAACAAUCACUCUCUUAGGACAGAGCGGAACUACACCCCAAACCAACUAUGGGAGAUUGGAAAGACUCAGAAUCCAGUCAAUCCUCCUGAAAGUAUUGUGGCAGAGUAUCCAGAUGUGGACAUUGCAGACUUGGACCAAACUGGUAUUCACCUUCCAGAACUUGUGUCUCCACUUGACAGUGAGGAUUUGGAAAGAGUGAGACACCUUUUCAAUCCCAUGGAACCCUCGAUGUCCUAUGGGGCUGACAUUUACAGUUCCCUUGUCCAGUAUGUGGAAGGCAUUCUUGAGAACAGGCAGGAUUUAUAGCUUUAUCUAGAGUGAUGGUUGAAAAUAAGAUGCCCCAACAGAUGUUUACAUUAUGUUGAAUUAUCAGUUUUUGUAUCCAAGGACAGUUACUAAAAGUCUGCAUCAAUAUUUAUUUUCAGUUUUUAAUCUUAAUGCAUUUUGUGUUAGAUGAGUUUACAGUUAUAUUUUCCUGAUAAUCUGUCAGUUAAUGCAAAGGUAACAUGAUAAAUGCUUUCUGUUCUCAUGUAAGUCCUUUGUUUAAUAAUAGCUUCAAUAAAAUUUUGUUUAGGUGC